CACAGAAGCAUUCAACACUUUCCAACUUACGUGAUCUAGAUCAGUCCCCCCAAAUUCAAAUAGGCUCAAACAAGCUCAGAUCAGAUCAAGAAAGUAGUCUCAUUCGACAGGCUUUGCUCUCAAACUCAGAAGACAUCAGCAUUACAAUGAGCAUUUGAAUGCUUGCUUGUUUUAGCAGAUAUAACUGUUCUUUUUCGACUUGUUCGAUAUGGCGUCAUUUCCUAGCGAUUCGCCAGAGUUCAUUGACUCGGUAGAACUUCUGCUUGAGCAUGGACCCGACGACGAGAACACGGCUCUUGGUGACCUACUUCAACAGCUCGAAAAACUAGAGGAAGAUGAAAAUUUUGGGGUUCUCGAAAAAGUAGCUCAGGCCCUAGGAACUGCUGUUGGCAAACAAAAGACCUGGCAAACGCCGUUCAGAGAACUCGGCAUCCUCGAGUCUGUUUUGAAACGUUUGGAUCAGCACAACGCUCCUCUUUCGUUACAAAAACAAUACCUCAGAGUCGUUGGUAACUGCGUCGCUGACAAUGAUGCGAGCCGUGAGAUCGUUAUCAGGCACAUGCUGACGCUCGUCGAGUUCCUUACUCAGGCUAAGCUGGAGGAACUUGUGCCUAUUGCCUUGGUAGUACUGUUCAAUCUCUGCAACGAUUUCGAUCCUGCAAAAGCGGGGGCAGCAGCUCUAAGACUGGAUGUACAUAUUUCCGGCCUCCUUGUCGCUGGCAAGGUUCCCGAAGGAGCUCUCGACUAUGCUACGGAUCUACUGAACUGGACUACCGAGAAGCUCACUGCUGUUCAGAUGAAAGACGGUAGCUCGCUGAAGGUUUUCGCUAGUGUCUUGAAGGUCACUCUCCAGUAUGAUGAAGAUCAUUACCAUGAGUACGUUGCAAUACUGGUACAUUAUCUGCAGGAUCAGGAAUUUCAGCAACUGAUAGCAACGCCCGAAUUGCUUGACGGCCUCGUUGUGCUCAUGUUGGAUUUUGAGGCUCGACUCACGUCUGAAGAGAUUGCAGCCGUUUUCCAGGAACUGGCUAUUUCGAAAAAGGAAGAGAAGAUUUCCUCGGACGAGACAAAUGUUCUCCUGCUGUCUCAGUUGAUUGCUUCGAUAUCCGCCAUCUCAGCUACAGACGCCUUUGCGCAAGAUUUCAACGUCCGAAGUCCAGUCGUCGAGCAGAUCAGAGCCAGGCUACGGACCCAAGCAAAUUCCCCAUCCACUGUCUGCACAUGCGUCAUACUUGGCAACCUUGCAAUGUCAGACGAGGUCUGCAUCGAUAUGGUUAACAUAAUGCAACUUCAUGUUACCUUGGGCGACAUACUCUCAUCAAGCAAGGAAUCAGCUCUUCUGUUCGCCGCAGCAGGAUUCAUGCGCCAUCUCACAUUCCCAGAGGCCAACCGAGAGAUCCUGGGUGACGCAGGCCUUCUCCAAGUAUGCAACCGUCUACUUCUAAACACUGACCCUGCCGUUCGCGGCGAAGCAGCAGCUAUGCUUUGCAAACUCGUCACAAAUAACUUCCAUAACAUCAUGAAAGUCGUAUAUGAGAAGGGCGGAGAGAUCGUCACAGUAGAUACACCUCAAGUAGCCGGCAUUGGGACUUCCACCGAGCCGACAAUCUUGGACUGUAUCGCUACACAGGCGCUCGCUCCCUCCGCGCCUCUACCCAGCACCGCGAUGAAGAAUUCCAUGAUCGAGCUCGGGCGGACGAUAGUGACAAUGUUGCGGUAUCUUGGUCGGGCAGGUGCAGAAGAGGAUGUCGAUGCAGUGAGGCGACAGAUGUUCAAAGUGCCAUUGAUUGCUCGGCCGGUAGCCAGACUCGUGCGCCAACGCUUCUACGCCGAUGCGAGAUCCGAAGGACUGCUUGGUCUUGGACUUAUGGCGCAGUCGGCUGAGGGUGCUGCUCGUGUCAUUGAAGAGUUCAAGGAAGACGACGGGUUACUAGACGCUAUCAAAGAUUUUGCCAAUGGAAAGGAUGGAGGGAUCGAGCAGCAGGAAUCGACGGGUGGGAGAGACUAUCAGAAUGCGAUUGUUUUGCUACAAGCGUUGCAGAAUAACUGGGGCGAUGAGACGGACAACACGCUUAGGAACGAUGUCGCCACUCUCCAAAACGAACUGGGUAAACUCAUGACAUAAGCCCCAUGAUUGUGAGGCAAUCUGGUCGGAGCAAAGUUUUAUGAAUAUACGGUCUUUCAAUACACACAACAUAUCGCUGCCUCAAGGUUCGAAGAUGACUCGAUACACUCACAUCAGAAACACAAUAUCAUAAGGCAAUGAUAACAGUCUGGAAGAUCACAUAGCAUCACCACCAAGCCGACGAUUGUCAAAAUAUUUUUCUUGCUUCAUACUGCAUGCCUAUGGCCAGAUUCCAGCUUCCACGCCGUC